CUUUCACCAUUGAAGGCGCCAAAGCUUACGGAACUCCGGGAGUUCGAUGCAUCCUACAAAGAUCGAUUGUUGUGGGGUAGCUACAGAUCAGGACUGUAUUUCGGGAUGCGCACAAGAACACCAAAGGCGCUUCUUUCCGGGCUGUUGUGGUUUGAUCCUGACGACCCCAACACGCUAAACCAAAUGCGCGCACGGCACGAAGCGAGCCAGGGAGACGGACUGACCACGUACGGUUGGAAGCGGCAUGACGGCCGGCUGUACGGCACUCAGGAGCUUAUUGACGGGGAAUAUAACAUUACUUUAUCUAUGUUGAAAUCCUUUAGUCCAGAGUCCGGUCCCGGAGGUGACUGGUCCGUACGUCUGCAGCUAGCACGUACCGCGGGUACGCCUCCACGGCGACGCCGCAUCAGCAUUGUUAUGGUGCGGACGGCGGGAGUUGCAUGUGCAUCGCCCUUUGGCGGUUCGUGCUCCUCCCCUUCACAUUUCCCCCAUUCCCCCUGCCUCCCGCAGGUCCUCCCUGAUGGUGAGGUGGCGGACCUGCGCAGCGGUCCCGCCACUCUGUUGACCGGGGCCAGUAGUGCGCUCGGGCGGAGCGGCGCUAGAUUGGCCCUGCAUGCCAUGGAGACCACCGAUGGUGAGGAACGUCCGCGGCCCAGCAGCAACCGGUUCCGGCUGUACCUUCCCAACGGCGCCACCACCUCUGCGGACCUGGCCUUGUUCCAGGUGACCUGCGUCCUGCCGUCCGCAGUGGACUUCGCCUUCACGAGCAGCGCAGGCGGUGAUCGCUUGGGACCACUGCUUGGCUCCGGUCUGAGUGAAGCCCUGGCGGCCAAGCAGGCGGAGUUCGACCAGAGGCGACGCGUCUUCGGGUCCGGUUUGCGCGCGCCCCUGUCCGGCGGUCGGACCGUGACCUCGGAGGGCGGCGAGGGCUCCCUGCCGGAUGGCGCUCUAGAGGUGUCCCGCGCCGCCCUGUCCAACCUGCUGGGCAGUGUGGGGUACUUCUACGGCAGCUCGCUGGUGGGUGGGUGGGUGGUGUUAGCAAUAGCAAAGCGCCGGAUGGGUGGGUGGGUGCGCACUGAUCCCCCCGGCUCCGAGCCCCGGCAGUACUGGCCCGCCCCACUCUUCACGGCUGUACCCAGUCGCAGCUUCUUCCCGCGGGGUUUCCUUUGGGACGAGGGCUUCCAUCAGCUGCUGGUGCAGAGGUGGGAUCCGCAGCUCUGUCGGGACAUGAUAGCGCACUGGCUGGACCUCAUGAACGCCCACGGCUGGAUACCCCGGGAGCAGAUCCUCGGGGAGGAAGCGCGCACGCGGGUGCCCGCCGAGUUCGUGGUGCAGAACCCCAACCACGCCAAUCCGCCGUCGCUGUUUCUGCCCAUCGCCAAGAUGGCCUCGCAGCUGGAGGAGCAGGAGGAGGAGGAGGAGCUGCAGCGCGUGUCGGCCUUCCUGCGCCGUGCCUGGCCGCGUCUGGAGGCCUGGUACCGGUGGUUCAAUGUAACGCAAGCGGGGCCGCUGCCCACCAGCUACCGGUGGCAUGGUCGUGACCCCCUGGCUGCGGGCGAGCUCAACCCCAAGACCCUGACCAGCGGUCUGGAUGACUACCCGCGCGCCAGCCACCCAGACGACUCGGAGCGCCACCUGGACCUGAGGUGCUGGAUGGCGCUGGCCUCACAGCGUUACCGUGCCGCCGCCGCGUCACUAUCCGACCGGGGCGAGCUGCAGCGGUUGCAUUUUGAUUCGACGCUCGGUCGCUUCGCGGACUGGGGCAUGCACACCGAGGACGUGCACCUGGGCCGGAGGGUAAGGGAGCGGAUCCUGUCUCAGAGCGUCUCGCAGCGCGUCACCAGCACCCCCCCGACCCCCCAGUUCGUGCCCCAGUUCGGCUACGUCUCCCUGUUCCCUCUCAUCAUGAAGCUCCUCCCCACGGGCACCAGUACAAGCGCUGAUGAUAACGACCCGGCGGCCGCUGAACUGACCCUCCAGCAGCUGCAACUGCUGCAGGACCCUGCAUUACUAUGGAGCCCUCACGGACUGCGUUCGCUGGCGACCACCGCGUCGUUGUACAAGAAGCGCAAUACAGCGGACGACCCGCCGUACUGGCGCGGCCAGAUCUGGGUCAACAUGAAUUACCUGGUGCUGCGCUCCCUGUCGUACUACGCGAAAACAGCUGGCAGCGGCAGCGAGGUGGGCCGAGUCGCGGCUGCCGCACAUGACGAGCUGAGAUUGCGGUUACUAAAGACUUUGGUAGAGAACUACAAGCGUAACGGCUACCUGUACGAGCAGUACGACGACGAGACGGGACGCGGGAUCAGCAGCCACCCUUUUACGGGUUGGACAGCUCUGGUGACGCUGAUUAUGGCACAGGAUUACUAG